GGUGCACGGAAGUGUAAGACGGCUUUAGGUGGUGUGCGCCGCUAUCAGGAUACAAAGGAUAAGUCUUCGACAACUAAUCUGAAGCACCAUGCCAUUGGAUGCUUUGGCGAGGAUGCCAUCAACAAUGCCAUGAAGGGUAAGGAUGCUAGUGCUAAUAGUGGCUCCAUCUAUGCAGCAUUUGCACGCCAAGGCCAACAGCCUGUCCAUUACUCUCAUCGGACACACACAAACCCGGAACUUCUUUGUGCAGGUCGUCCGAACAUUGAACUUUCAUCAUCUGAUGUAUUGUCCCGCAAUAUCAAAGUGGCAUUCGAGAAGUGUAGUGAACACAUCGGAAAGCUUCUCUGUGAUCACCCUGGACGCUUACACUUUGCUAUGGAUGCUUGGACUUCACCCAACCAUCGUGCCUUUGUAGCAUGGACAGUUCACCUUGAGUGUGAGGGUAAAAUGUUUCCAUUUUUGCUCGACAUCAUUGAAGUUGCCAAGGUACAUCGCAGGCCAUAUCAAAUGUUCCGCCCAUCUUCACACAACAUAUCUUAUAGUCACAUACUGGUGCUGUGA